GGUAUAAAACAAAUUAUAACAGAGCAGCAGCAGACGAUUUACAGAUGAUUUUUGACUUGGUUUGGCUAAUGGUUGGUCAGUACUUUUAUUGUCUUGAACGUGUAAACAUCGUUUUGAGGUUGCCUUGUAUUCUAGUAGUUGGUGUGAGGAUGACAGGCAACAAAUGCAAGAACUGUGGUUCAGCGGAGCUGGAGGUGGAUCCAGCCCGUGGGGACACCAUAUGCACCAACUGUGGGACAGUGCUGGAGGACAGUGUCAUCGUUUCGGAAAUGCAGUUUGAGGAGAAUGCUCAUGGUGGAACUUCUGCCCUGGGACAGUUUGUAGCAUCGGACUCUAAAGGAGGUUGCCGAGGCUUCGGAAAUAAUUUUCAUUCACCAUUAAACAGGGAGUCAAGAGAAAUCACACUACUAAAUGCGAAACGUGGAAUAUCAAAUUUAUGUCAACAAUUAAGAUUAAACCAACAUUGUUUGGACACUGCAUUCAAUUUCUACAAGAUGGCUCUGACGAGGCAGAUGACAAGAGGGAGAAAGAACACCCACGUAUUAGCUGCCUGUGUUUAUAUUACCUGUAGGAUAGAAGGCACACCUCAUCUGCUGAUUGACUUCAGCGAUGUUCUACAGAUUGAUGCGUUCGAGCUAGGCCGUUGUUACCUGAAACUUUCACAAGCACUGUGUAUCAAUAUUCCUGCAUUAGACCCUUGUUUGUACGUGCUGCGUUACGCCAACAACCUGGAGUUCGGAGAGAAGACGCACGAGGUAGCCAUGACCGCUCUCAGGCUGGUCCAGAGAAUGAAGAAGGACAACAUCCACUACGGACGCAGGCCCUCUGGUCUCUGUGGAGCAGCAUUGCUGAUGGCAGCUAGGUUACAUGAUUUUAGCCGCACAGUUGGAGAUAUAGUCAAGAUUGUACACAUCCAUGAGAGCACACUAAGGAAACGGUUGGUUGAGUUUGGUGAAACACCUUCAAGUUCACUGACGUUAGACGAAUUCAUGAAUGUUGACCUGGAAGAGGAGCAAGACCCGCCAUCGUACAAGCAGGCUCGAGCAAAAGAUAGAGAACGAGCUGAAAGGCUACAAAAGAUAAUGGAAGAAAUGGAGACCAACAACACGUUACAGAUUUCAGACCUACAAGUUGAAAUUGAGAGACAGUUGGAAGAGAGGAGAGCUCUGAAAAGGCCGACAAUGACAGAAUCGUUCAAGAUACUUUCUAAUGUCAACAGUGAAAAUGUGGAGGAAGUGGAUACAGACAAAUUCGUGGCUCAAUCUACACUUGGAGUAAUACAAGACUGCUUGGACUCUGGUGGGAAUGAAGCAGAGACAGCUCAGCCUGUGGGGCUAGGCCCAUCACAUGCUCUGAUGGGUUUGGAGAAGAAGAACGAGACAGUUCCAGUUGUAAAUUGUCCCUUCCAGGACGGUACUGGAGAGCUGGACUUGGAGGGGAUAGACGAUAAGGAUAUUGACCAGUACAUUAUGUCAGAACACGAUGCCAAAAACAAGGACAAGAUUUGGAUGGCUAUGAAUGCUACUUAUCUGAAGGAACAGAAAGAAAAAGAAGAAAGAUUAGCGAAAGAAAGGGAAGAAGGAAAACCAGAGAAAAAGAGAAGAAAGUGUGCUGGGAAGAAGAAAAAUACCCCAGCAGCAAAUACGGCUGGUGAAGCUAUAGAAAAAAUGCUCCAAGAAAAGAAAAUGUCCAGUAAAAUAAACUAUGAUGUAUUGAAAAGCUUAAAUAUUUCCUUCAAAGAAGAUAGUAGUACAAAUAUAACACCACAAGAAACUCAGAAACAGACUGAACCAGAAAUUAUUCUUCCUCCACCAAAAAGCGUUGCUCCCUCAAAGCGAUCAAAGGCUACACCUCGCAUACAGAAAAUGAAGGUAGAACCAAAGACUGAACCUAUAAAGAUUAAAGAACAACUUAAAGAAGAAGUAUUACCUGUUCUAAAAACAGACAGCUCUGUAGCAGGCGAAAACUCAGAAACGGAAGCUGACAUGGACAUGGAGGAGUACGAGGAGGAAGAAGUAGAAGCUGCAGAACAUACCAUGUCCCUAUCUCAGAUGUUGAAUCGACACAGAGCAGACGACAAUUAUUAUGGCUAUGAUGACGAUGACUACUGAACACAUUCUGUACUGGUCACAAUCCAUGUACAUUACAACAUCACAAUGAUAAGAUAAUAUCAUCAUCCAGUGAUUAUCAGUUUUAGAAAACAAAAGGUCUUUUUUUAGAUAUUACUCUUUAUGUAUUUUAUUUCUAUUUAAUUUUAUCCCUCUUGAUCAGCCUUGAUUAACUAUUAUUUCAUAGUUUUAUUUUCUUUAUUAUUGUAUACAUGAUCAUUUGUUGCUGAUUACUUUCCAAGUUCACAUUCUAAGUUACUACUCAAAGUUAAAUGUUUCCAUUAUUUUUAUAUCACUUGCACAAAACAUUGCUUAUACUUUGUAAAAGAAAUGCGUUAUGUUCCUUUCCUUAUGAAAAAAGUGACUGUAAAUAUUAAAGAAAGUUAAGAACAAAGGCAUCAUAAUAACAAAUGUCAUAAUAACAUUUAGUAAUUUUUAAUGUUAUUACCAACAAAACUUUGUAUUAUGUUUGUUUUAAGGUUUAUUUAUUCGUAAAUCAUUUACAUUUUAUAAUAAUUAUUUAGGUUAAUAAUCUUUUUGUUGUUUAAUCAAGUUAAUUAAUUUUGUUGUUUAAUAUUAAUUUAAAGUUGUUGCAUGAUUAAUGUUCUGUAAUGGAAAGAGUUUUAGUUUUUAAUUGAAGCCAUUCAUUCAUACAUUGAAAAAUUGAUUAAGGUGUUCUUAAUUAAUAAUCAUUAAAAAUUAAGCCAAUUCCUUUUAGUGUACAUAAACAAAAUCAAUUCUGUUGUAAACACUUAAAUUUUUCUCUGCCCGGGAGUUCUUUGCAAAAUGUUUGUUUUUGUUUCAUUACUCAAUUUAAAUGAACCAGUUAUAGUGACGUAUGACCGGAAAAAUGUGAUAAACAUUUGAAAUAUUACAGUACUUUUACAAUUAAUCUUUCAGGGAGUAAAAAUGUAGAGGUUAAAAAUCUUUUGAGGGGUCAUGGUUUUGAGACAUUAGCUGAAGGAGUGCAAGUUAUUAAAUUGUUGUUUAUAUAUUUUACUAUCUCUUUAUACCAUCAAAACAUCAUUUAAUAUUAGUGUUUUGUGGAAUUUGACAUGUGAUUUGUACGUUUAGUUAUUUUACUAAUUUGUAUGUACACUAAUUUGUAUUGAAUUUUACACUUUUUGAACAACACAUGACUCAAAAUGUUGAUUCAGAACAUUGGGCCUUUGAGACAUCUUACCUUAAGUAAAAAUACCAAUUUACUUUGCAGGGGGAAUUUGUUUCUCAACUCCUCUCUAAUACUGUAUGUUUAUUCCAAAUUUUGUCACUUUAAUAUUUGUUUCAAUAGUAAGAUUCAUUUUCUACGUUCUUUUCAGAUUAUUUUAUAGGCAUUGAAUAUUUUGUUUAAUUUUGGGAAUUUUGGUAUUUCUUGGAAUUGUCUUAUUGUCAGUUUACAUGGGACUUAAUAGCAAACUCUUAAAACGUCUUUAUCAAACAAAAAAUAGUUAUUGAUUGAUUAUUUUUUUCCUCUGUUAGUCCUAAUGACCCAUCUAAAGUUGCAAUGGUAUAACUUAUGCCAUUUAAAAAAUUAUGAGUUGUCAGGUAAAAUUAAAAUGUACCUAGAUGUGCAAUGUCCAUAUGACUAUCAUAAAACAAGAUGGAUUACUUACCAAAUUAAGUUUUAUUUUUGUUCUUUUCACUCAAGGAAAAAUACGGUGGAGUUUUGUUAAUUAAGGUUUGGAACACACCUUAAUCAUAAAUAAUUUAUUAGAACUCUUAUUUUUAAUGUUAUUAUUAUUAUUCUAUAAAUUCAUAAUGAAAUGAAGUUACUUGGUGCAAAACAUUGGCAUUCACUAUUGAAGGUGGGUACUAUUGUAGUGGUAUACAUUCUUUCUCUGUAACUUACCUUUAUAUCGUCAGAAUCACUUUUUAAAUUUGUUUUCUAAAUUCUAAACAAAUAUAUAUGCUUCUUGCAACAUACACAGAAAAUAGUAAGGAAAAUCAACACCAAAUUAGUUUUAAUGUUAGUGUUACAGUUGAGUAUAGUAGUUAGGUAAUAAUUCUCAUACUUUGCCACUUAACUGACUAAUAACAAAGCUAAUUAACUGUGUGUAACAAAUGAGAACUAGACAUUGUACACGAAACUCAUGAUCAUUACAGAGUCACUGAGCAUCACUUUUAUAACAUACAAUUCAAAAAUACAUUCUAUGUAUGUGACCAUGUGGUUACCAUUACUGGUGAAUAAAUUCAUUAAUAAAGAAGGAGAGAUUAAGUGCCAAUAAAGAAUACCCACCAGAUGAUAAAUGGAAAAUUUGAGAUUUAGGUACCUAAUCAGAUGUCCUGAAGUUCUUUAGAUUUAGUAAAGGAUACUUGAUCAAUAAUACCCUUGUGAAAUAUUUAUGGCGUUGUCUAGACGUGAAGAUUGUAUCAUAUAUAUGUGGGAUUAUUCCAUUCAUCAUUAUAUCGGCUUAUGUAGUAAUGAGGGCUAUAUUCAUUGAAAGCUUCCAGAGGCCAGAUAGCCCCAAAGGCUAGAGGCAAAUACAGAGGCCUAUUAUAGGCUGGAUAUUUUCAGUGUGUGGGGUAUUCCAGAAUAAUACAGAAUAAUGUGGCCAAUAAUACCAGAAUAAGCUUGCUGGAUCUGGAAGCUUGAGGUUCAGGGUUUAGUUGUCCCAGAGGAAAUGGGGCUCUAAAAUACGUCCAGAAGUUACACCAUUUUAGAAGUUAAUAGAGGUAAAAUUAGUUUCAGUAAUCAAUCUACAUAAGUUGUGUCAGAGGAAGUGACAUUUAGAGAUCAAAGAAUAUCAGUGGUUAGGUGGAAUCAGUGAUUGGAGAUUUUAAAAAAUCAGAUGAUCCCAGAGGCCAGUGCAUUCUAUAGAGAUUAGUUGUUCUCAUAAUCCAAGAGCUACUAGAAUAAAAAAGCUUACAUGUAUCAUAUUUUCCAAAAGGGUGGAUGUUUCCAGGAGGUGAAAUUACACAGGCCAGUUUGUUCCAGAACGUAGAUUAAUGUAGUGGAAUUAGUGGCUGAAGGCUCUGGUGCUAUAAUAGGGUGAAGGUUUUCAUAAACUACAUGGUCCCAGAGCUUCUAGAGCCCAGGUGGACCCAGAAACCAGAAGUCACUUUAGUGAUUUCAGAGUCUGGGGACUUCUAGGGUGAAUUUCAUAGUUUCUCUUGUGUGCAGAAAUGGAUUCUAAGAAACCAUACUCUGCCACCAGAUUGGGUGUAAGAAAGGCCAAGUGAUAACAGAAACUACAGGCUUAUAGCACCCGAAUUCCUCCAGGGGAUGGGGGUCUUUAGAUGACAUUACAUUAUGAAUACGAGAGAAAACAACUCUGUUGCCCAGCAAAAAACAAAAGGUCUUAUUUUGUAAUUUGCUACAUAAUGCCAUAACAAAGCUGGAAUACAUAACAGUAAAUCUUCAAUUCCAUUUUAAAUUAGAAAUUAGAAUAGGUAGGUGAUUAAUACACAUCACAUUUUGGUAGGUCCAAAGUUCAACAUUUGAAUAAUGUGGUAGAUUAAAUCCAGACACUUACAGCCAAGGCUGUUGAAUGAACUGUUUUAUCAUUUUGAACUAGAAUUUUGAGAUUCAAUACUUGUUAUUCUCUUCAAGUACUAUAUAAGUUUACAAAAAUGUGCCAUACUACACAGCACAAGCAGCAGCAGCAUUUUUGAAGCUACUUUACUUUAUUUUAAAAUCAACAUUUAAAAUGUAUGGGACUCCUUGCAUAGAAUAAUAAAUAUAUACAAAAUUUUCUCUACAGACAUUUUAAAACAUAUAUUUUUUAUUUACAUGUAAUGUGUAAUGGUUGUACAAAUAUGGGUUAUUAGUAUAGUAAACAAAGGUAUUGUCCCAUAAACGAAUAGAUAAUUUAAUAUAUUAAUUGUUAUUUGAUUGGUGUAUAAGUAUUAGUUUUAGUCUCAUUAAAAGUGAUUAUAUUACUGUUUAGUCUGUAUUUAUUUAUGUACAUCAAUAAAACUUGAUUGUAACUGUAUCAGUUACAUUUUUUCUUUUGGAUCAAAUAUAGCAUGUUAUUAACAUUUCCUAAUUAAUGUUUGAAAUUAUAUCAAAUUUGAUUUUGAUGGUCAGAUUCUAUAUCUGUGAUAAUUCAACUGUAUAUCUGAUCAAAAGUGUUGUCUUCGUCUUGUAGUAUAAUUUCCUAUUUAUAUUUCUACAUUAAGGUUCAUACCCUAUUGUUAGUUGUAUUUUCUUGUAAUAAAAUCAUUUGAUAAAUUGUAA